AGAAUGGGCGGACGUAAAAAGAAUAAUAAAAAAGGAUUUCAAUUCACUCUUAUGGUGGUUGGUGCAUCUGGUACUGGCCGUACAACUUUUGUCAAUACGCUUUGUGGUAGUGAAGUGUUAAAAGCAAAAUUAUGUGAUUCACCCGAAACCGCUCACGUUGAAGAAGGAAUUCGUAUUAAACCUGUUACAGUCGAAUUAGAAGAAGAUGGCAUAAGAAUUGCUUUAACAAUCGUAGAUACACCUGGGUUUGGAGACAACAUUGAUAAUGAAUUUUGGUGA